AUGGCAUUUGGACGCCCGCUCUUAUCCACUGUCCUCGGCGAGGACAGUGGUUUUAGUAGUAAUCGUCAUCAGCAAAACUACAACGAGAAUGGUCAUUUCUUCAACACGCCUGGAAGCGCGUGCACGGGAAUCUUUUUGAACUAUCACAUGUGUCGAAUGUUCGAAAGACUCAUGGGUUCGCGAAAGUUUGGAUCGUUCCUAUUCUUUUCGUAUUUACUGUGUCGUGUUUUGGAAUCAGUUCUUUUGAAACUGGUCGAUGGUGAUGCGACGAUGAUGAUGGAGAAACCGGCGGCGUUUUAUAUAACUUUGCCUCUCGCCGUCGUCUAUUUCGUCGAGGUACCAUCAACGUUUCACUUUACCCUUUUCGGGAUCUUGAAUUGCGGAAAUACGCUGUUCGUGUACUUGGCCAUGAUGCACCUCGCCACGAGUAAAUACUACGCGUCCAUUGUCACGACUUUCGUGUCUGUCAUAGGCGGAAUCUUUGCAUGGAUACUCGUCGAAUGUCUGGGCGUCAAACUUCCGCUUUGGCUGUGUUCGCUCGUCGAUAAAACGGUAGGUAAAAUUUUCGAUAGCGGCGUAGGUAAUGGUAGAUCGGCGAGAGGGAAAGCGAUAGUAAGGUUUGGAAUCGGGAACCGUUCGGCAGCGGCUCAAGCCGAACAAAGAAGGAGGCGAGGAAGGGAAGGAGACGGAGGCCCGUUUGUUCUGGAUGAGAAUUCUGUCAAUACGCUCGUUUCCAUGGGUUUCAGCGAGCAGCGAGUAAAACAAACGUUGCACGUGACGAAUAACAACAUCGAAGCGGCGAUGAACAUGCUGUUAAACGAAAAUUAG